UACAUUCAAAGUUCAGUCCCUGAAUAAAAUUGGUCAUACAAAUUGUUUCACCAAGAAGCCUCUGUCAAUGCUAUCUUCAUUUGCUCAGAGGCAGCCAUCAUCAUCUGCUCAAAGGCAGACAUCAUCAUCUGCUCAAAGGCAGACACUACCAUCGUGCCCUCUUCAGUCCAGUGGGCUGUCCGUCAAGGAGCUAAGAGCCAAACGCUUUUCAAUACAACAGCAACUCCAGCAGCAGCGUCAGCAGGACACAGAACAAGAACAGAGAAGAGAACCCUGGGCUAAGGUGCAUGCCAACACCAAGCCACUGCCUGUGAAAGCAACCCAAAAGCCUGGUGAUGUUCCAGCGACCCCACCAGCGUCCACCGCUGCUGGUCUUCACAUCAAGUCUUUAGAUGAAAUCCGUGCUGAGAAACGCAAGCACCAUGAGACCACUAGUGACAGCACUAUAUCUGCAGCAGGCACCUGUCAAAGGAGACCGGCCGAUAGUCAGUCUUCCACUAUUCAAAGGAGACCGGCCGAUUCAACCAGCAAGGAAUCCACAUCAGUAGUUGUCAGUCCAGCAAGCAAGAGUGUAUGUAAUUCAGUACUGAGUACUGCACCUACCAAGAGUUCCACUCAAGCAGUAACACCUGCUAAGAUAACAAGACUCAGCAGUCAUUCUUCUGCUAAGAAGGAAAGCCCAGCCACUACGAAGGUGUCCCAAAGUGAAGGAAGUGAAGUUCCUUCCACUGCUGAUACUACUACUAUGAAGUCUGAUGCCAAGUCUGAAUUUGAUUGGCUCGAUGACAUCAACCUGCUGGAUGACGAUGCAUUUGAGAAAGCGAUGAAGGAAUUUGUUGGUGACGUAACCUACGUCGACUUGAAUAAGCCAGAUCUUGACGAAACAGUCAACAGCGAAGAUCUACUCCUGGAAGCGGAGCUGAUGAUUUAGACUAAGAGAAAUUUUGUGUAUUGUCAGAGUGCACAGUGUGCUCCUCAUUUGCCAUGCCUACAUCAUGCCCAAUCGCCUUUGGGGAUAUACACCCGGUUUUUUCCCUCUCUACUGCGUCCGUCGGCGCGAGGGUUUUUUCCCGGCUGGCUCGGUCCAGGAAAAUUAACCUGACGGCCCCAAGUGGUUUUGCAUCAUGCCCUAUUUCAGCUAUCCGCUGGCACACGUAUUUGGGCAUCUUCGGCUAAUGCUUGAUUAUAUUACUCAUAAUGCUUUGAGCGCCGCUCGUUAUAUCAGCAUAAUGUUAUAUCAGCAUAAUGCUAAUUUGAAUGCUCGCUUUUCACUUUCUCGCUGGCUGUGUUGCGCAGAAUCAUGUGCCAACCUUCACUACAUGUAUAUUGCAUUGUCAUUUCAUUCAGUACAAUGCGCCCAUAUAAUUAUGGUCAUAUUUUCGACAACGCUGCUCAAACUUGAUAUGAAU